AUGUUUUAUUCUCGUGAAAAACUAACUGCUUUCAAAAUGAGGCUUGAACUUUGGCACCAAAAGUUGGAUAGAAAGAACUUUGCAUCGUUUCCUCAGCUAAACAUGUUUAUUGAUGAAAACGUGAUUCAAGUCGGUGACGAUAUCGUUGAACUCAUGAAACAACAUGUGUCAAUACUUGGCAGAGAAAUAUUUCUUUAUUUCCCCGAUUUUCAUGGCUUUGACAAAUACUUCCGCUUCAUCAGGAACUCUUUUGUACUUUCUGUUAGCGAUCUGCCAACACAAGACAAUUCAAUUCAAGACCAGUUCAUUGAUUUGGUCAAUGAUCGAGGUGAAAAAUGUUUUUCCUGUGAAAUGUGUUGUUCUGACUUUUGGAUUGAAAUGGCACGGUCAUAUUUUGAUGUCGUAAAGGUUUCUCUUAAAGUACUGAUGCCAUUUCCAACCACAUAUGAGUGUGAGACCCCGUUUUCUACUUUCCUUGCCAACAAAACGAAAUCACGAAAUCAACUGGAUGUCACACCAGAAAUGAGGGUUGCCCUCUUCAAAACAGAGCCGAUCAUAGAAGCGCUGGUUACUUUGCUGGGACCGGAAUCAUCGGAAAAAGCUGUAAAAGGACCAGCUCGUAAAACUUUUGUAAAAGUUUGA